AACCGUCAGGAUGAGAGAGUUUCGUUUAGUAUUGUUUUUGGCUCUGGUGACGGGAAUCCAGGGUACCAACUUGUACCGGAGGAGUUAUAAAGGCGUCCUUGGAUUUGAUGUACCCAAGCAAGUUGGCCUUAUAACAAAUCCUCCUUUUGGGGACAUAAGCCCCGCCGGAAUUGCUUCCAGCGCAAUACACGAGGGUAUUCUCUACUUUGUGUCUGACGGCGAUGGAUCCAAUGAACCGGUAGUCUUCUGUGUCGACACCUCUACUGCUGAUAUUGUUGGCUCCGUCACCAUUACGGAUGCCACGAAUAGAGACUGGGAGGACAUGGCGGGUGGUGUGUGCCCAGGUGACUCCAGCAAGUCCUGUCUCUACAUAGUAGAUCGUAGCGGAACCGAACGUGUGUACAUCAUAGAGGAACCAACCGACCCCAGGAAACAGACUACAACUUCAACAGUUGAUCAAUACGCCUAUGACUUUGUGGGUGAAUCUGAUAACUCCGAUGCUAUAUUUGUAACCCCACAAGGAGAUCUAUAUCUAUUCAACGAUGAAUCCUCUGGUUUAAGUGUAAAACUGUUCAGGAUAAUUGAUGACGGAAGUGACAGACGCAUUGCCGAGGCAGUUGUGGCACUAGAUCUUACAAGUCGCUCUACAGGACCUGGUGCCGCAGAUUUAUCAAAGGAUGGAUGCGAACUUCUUGUUAAGAUGGACGACAACAUUUACUACUUUCUGAUUGAAGAUGGUGAUUUUAGGAAUUCUCUCCUGAAAGAACAGAUAAUACUACCUUCAAAACCUCAAUUCGAUGGAACAAGCAUCACGUGGGCGGCUGAUGGAUCUGGCUUUUUUAUUUCUGAGGAGUUACAACCUGCCCGUCUGCAGUUCAGUGCAAGGAAUCAAAAGGCUAAAGAUCAAAUAUUUACCUAUGGACAGGUAAUUGGGGAUGUUUCAGACUUAUAUCUGCAAUCAGGAGCCAUGGCUGCAAGUAGAAGGUACCCAGGAUUACUGUAUGUUGUUGACAGUUACGGCGACACCACGGUUUACAUCAUUGACUCAAAAAACGGCUUGAACGUCGGAGAACUUUACCUGAGUGGCGUAACCAACGAUGAAUGGGAGGAUCUGGCCGUGGGACCCUGUGACUCCGGGUCUGCUGACUACUGUAUCUACAUACAGGAUGACGGAUAUGGGGCACACCAGUACAUCAAGGUGCCCGAGCCUGAAGACCCUCUCUCCAUUUCUACAUAUGAAGUGCCCUCUGCAGAUGUUGUGACAUAUAUAACAGAUUCACCGGAGUCUAGAACAAUUAUGGUGUCCCCUUUCAGGGACAUCUUUCUAAUUGAAUACGGACUCUACGUCGAUAAUACGCGCGUCGCAAGGCUGCAUAAAAUUGAAACAAGUGGAAGUCUUUCACUCACUGUUAUUGUUGGGGAAUUCAACUUUACCUCAUUGAGUGAUGGGCCCGUCUCUGGGGACAUAUCACCCGAUGGCAGCGAAAUGAUCAUCAAGACGAUUGAUAGAAUGUUUUAUUGGCGUGUCACAAAGGGGAAGUAUGGUCAAGCACUAUCGACGCCGCCUUGUGAGCUAUCUUAUUUCCUUGAGCGAAGGGGCGAAACUGUGACCUUUGAUGCGAACGGUGUGUCGUUAUACACUCUGAACAAGGACUCUGAAAGAAGUAUCUUAAAACGAUAUUAUAGAAUUCAACGACAAUGCGAAAAGGAAACACAUCUAUAUCGAUAGUAAUCCUUUGAUUAUACGUGUUUGUUUGAAAUAAACCAUUAUUUCCCGAAGUAAAGCGAAACAAU